CUGCGAGACUUUCCGCCUCGGCUGACCCGCCCCUUCCGCCUCUUCAGGGAGGUGGCCGCUCUGACCUCUCGUCUCUAUGGUCCAGGCGGCCCACCGCUUCCCCUCACGCUGUGGAAGCCAUGGCGAGCUUCACCAAGUCUGCGCAGCAAUGGGCUACUUUUGCUCGAACCUGGUAUCUUUUAGAUGGAUGGAUGCAACCGCCAGGGAAACUUGCAGCCGUUGCAAGUGUCCGACUGGAGGGAAAGCAUAAGCCGAUAUACCACGCACUGAGUGACAUUGGGGAUCAUGUUGUCAUCAUUAAUACAAGGCAUAUUGCUUUUUCUGGCAACAAAUGGGAGCAGAAAGUGUACUCAUCACAUACUGGAUACCCUGGUGGCUUCCUGCAACUUACAGCUGCUCAACUACAUAAAAAAGAUCCAACAGCAAUUGUGAAACUGGCUACCUACGGAAUGCUCCCAAAAAACCUUCACAGAAGAACUAUGAUGCAAAGGCUACAUCUUUUUCCUGAUAAUGUUAUUCCUGAAGACAUUCGUAAGAAUUUGGUAGAGGAGCUUCCACAGCCUCGCAUUGUCCCCAAGAAGCUAAAUGAAUAUACACAAGAGGAAAUCGAUGCUUUCCCAAAGAUCUGGACUCCGCCUAAAGACUUUCGACCAACGUAAUAGGAAGAAUGUAAAAGAGUCAAAGAGAAGCUUAUUCCUUUGUAAUGUCAGGAACUUCCCAGAAUUUUUACAGUAUGGCUGUGUGCAUAAGCAUUGGAUUAUCUACUUUAAAUUAUUUUUUUUUAAAUCUUUAAUAAGAUGAAAAACCAAGACUAGUUGGUAAUUUUUCUUUUUGUUAUAUCCUCCUUUUUGGGGGGAGAGAGAUCAAUAAAUAGCUGACAUAAAUAAGUAAUAAAUAGGGUUUUCCUGCAAAUAA